GGUCACGUGACCCCGCCCACCUGACCCGAAGCUGGCGGGCAAAGUGAACAUGAGCUUCCCGCCCCAGCCGGCGCUGUGCUGGGCCCUGGCCCUGCUGCUGGCCCUGCAGCUGCGCAGCCUGGAGGCCGGGGCCCACAGAGCCACGGACCCUGACUUUCAGGAGGCCUACUUCGAGCAGCUCCUGGACCAUUUCAACUUCGAGAGGUUUGGGAACAAGACCUUCCGCCAGCGGUUCUUGCUGUCAGAGAAGUUCUGGAAGAGGGGCGAGGGGCCAAUAUUCUUCUACACGGGCAACGAGGGGGACGUGUGGUCCUUCGCCAACAACUCAGGGUUCAUCCUGGAGCUGGCGGCGCAGCAGGGGGCCCUGGUCGUCUUUGCCGAGCACCGGUACUACGGAAAGUCUCUCCCGUUCGGUGAGCAGUCCAGAUGCCGCGGGUACACGGAGCUGCUGACGGUGGAGCAGGCCCUGGCCGACUACGCGGGGCUGCUCCGGGCGCUUCGGCAGGAACUUGGGGCCCGGGACGCCCCCGCCAUCGCCUUUGGCGGGAGCUAUGGGGGGCUGCUCAGCGCCUACAUGAGGAUAAAGUACCCGCACCUCGUGGCGGGGGCACUGGCGGCCAGCGCACCUGUCGUCGCGGUGGCAGGCCUCGGUGACCCCUACCAGUUCUUCCGGGACGUCUCGGCAGACUUUGAGGGCCAGAGUCCCGAGUGUGCCCAGGCCGUGCGGGACGCCUUCCGGCAGAUCAAAGACUUGUUCCUACAGGGAGCCUAUGAUGCGGUCAGCCAGGAGUUCGGCACCUGCUGGCCACUCUCUGGCCCGGGGGACCUGACCCAACUCUUCGGGUUUGCCCGGAAUGCCUUCACCCUGCUGGCCAUGAUGGACUACCCGUACCCUGUCGACUUCGUGGGACACCUUCCUGCCAACCCCGUCAAGGUUGGCUGCGACCGGCUGCUGAGUGAGAGCCAGAGGAUCAAGGGGCUCCGAUCGUUGGCCGGCCUGGUGUACAACUCCUCGGGCACGGAGCCCUGCUAUGACAUCUACCUGCAGUACCAGGUCUGUGCCGACCCCACAGGCUGCGGCUUGGGCCCUGAUGCCAAGGCCUGGGACUACCAGGCCUGCACUGAGAUCAACCUGACGUUUUCCAGCAACAACGUGUCGGACAUCUUCCCUGACCUGCCCUUCACUGAAGCCCUGCGCCAGCAGUACUGCCUGGACACGUGGGGCGUGUGGCCCCGGCAGGACUGGCUGCAGACCAGCUUUGGGGGAGGCGACCUCACAGCUGCCAGCAACAUCAUCUUCUCCAACGGUGACCUGGACCCCUGGGCAGGGGGAGGGAUUCAGAGCAACCUGAGCACGUCAGUCCUCGCCAUCACCAUCCACGGGGCAGCGCAUCACCUGGACCUCAGAGCGUCCCACCCAGAAGACCCCGCAUCUGUCGUGGAGGCGCGCAGGCUAGAGGCCACCCUCAUCAGCAAGUGGGUCGAGGCAGCCAGGCAUGAGCGACGGCUGCGGCUGGCACAGCACGGGGGCCCAGAGGCUGAGGGGUGCACCCCUAGCAGGACCAGAGAGGACUUGCUGGGAGCCUGAGGCGAGUCAGGGGGGAGGAGCCCCGGCCCAACCUCCUGAACCUGGAGCUCGGCCAGGGUGGGCAGGGCCUUGCCCGAGGGAGAGGCCGGACAAACACUGGUGUCCUGUCCCAUGUCCUGUCCUGUCUUGAGGCCCUGGACGCAGUGAACACGCUUACACCACCUUCUAAACUCCGCUGAUAAAUAAAGCAGUCCUCAGUUCCCA